GCGCAGGGGGCGGUCGGGGAGGUGAGGCGGCCGCGCGGAUGAUGGCGGGGCUGGCGGGCAGCCCGGUGGGUGCCGUCAUGCAGGAGAACUUCGGGUGCUCCGUCGCCAAUCGCUUCUGCCAGCUCCUGGACGACGAGUCGGACCCGUUCGAUGUCCUGCGCGAGGCCGAGCGCCGCCAGCAGCAGAGGAGGAAGCGCGAUGAGGCGGCAGCCGUCGCCAAGAGAGCCGUGCCCGGCGGCCGGGCGGGCAGCGGCAAGAGGGAGACCCAGAAGGAGCGCAGGCAGCCGGAGAGCUCCCCUGCACCCUACCCUGCGGCGCCGCCGCAGCCAGGCCCAAAGCGAGUUCCCAGGCAUGAAGAACAACAAGGGUUCAGUAACAGAGGCAUGGAGGGGAAACAGGACAAAACUGAAUGGAGACCAUCUUUCAGGAAAUACCGCUAUGGAGCACAAAGACAAGUGGAAUUCUCAGUGGAACGACCAGUGGAAAGAUUAGACUAUGAAAGACCAAUAAGAGGCCGUGGUGGGGGAAGAGGCAGAAUGAGAGGUAGAGGAAGAGGUGGUGGAUUAAUUGGAAGUUUUGAUGGGUUUGACCAAAGAAGAAAACGUGAACCAGAAAGACAAAGUGGGAAUGAUAAAACAGGUGUGAAAGCAGAUGACAAAAAGGGUGGAGGUGGACCUCGCAACUACAGAACAGUGACAGAUGGUAUAAGUGGGAAGGAGCAGACUGCAUCUAUGGAGGAGACUGCAGAAACUCCUGAACAGCGAGGGACAUCUGAAGGAGAGCCUCUGAGCAAAGCUGCUGAAGGAGAGCCAAUGGAAGAAGUGGUUCAAGAAAUGACAUUAGAUGAGUGGAAAAGUCUUCAGCAACGGAAUCGACCAAAGCCUGAAUUCAAUAUCCGGAAGCCAGAAUCCACUGUUCCUCCCAAAGCAGUGGUGAUUCACAAGUCAAAAUAUAGUGACGAUUUGCAAAAAGAAGACUUUGAAGAUAAUUCUCAUGUCUUUCGAAAACCAGUGAAUGAUAUAACUUCUCAGCUGGAUAUUAAUUUUGGGAGUCUUCCUCGCCCUGGCUAUGGAAUCAGAGGAGCACGAGGUGGUCGUGGCAGAAGACCUGAAGAGACAGUACCUCGACCAGAAGUAAUGGUGCAGCUUGUUGCUCCAAAUCCUGAUGAUCCUGAGGAUUUUCCAGCGUUAGCUUGAGGACCCAUCGUGAAUGGUGGUAUCUCAAAGUUCCUUUGUAACUGUGAAGAGACCCGUUCUAUGCUGGUGUGGAUUAAGGAAGCCAGUUUCCUUCUGGAAAGUUGUUUGAGUGUUUGGUGUGGAAUGAUUGCAGCUGUCUGCUAAUAGAGUUGUGUUAUGGAGAUAUGGGUGGAUUGGGAUCCUGUCACAGGCUCCAAUGUCUGCCUCCAUUUAGAAAACCUAUGGGAAGGCUUACAGUACUUCCCUACUUGGCUUCAAGUGAAGUUAAAAGGGAAGAGUGUUUAAAAAUGUAUAUAUAGAGAUUAUAUCAAGUUCUCCAUGACACCAUGAUGAAAUAUAAACUGUACAACACAAUCCCCAAUUGGGACUCAAUUUCACUGUAUAUUUGAAAGUUGUUUCCUUUGAGUGAAGUGUAUAUUUCAGACAAUCAAAAGUUCCAGUUUUUCAGAGUUUCACAAAUAAAGAAAAGUGCACAUUG